AUGACUGCAGAAGGACGUACAUUGAAUGUCAACAUGAAUGAGAUUGUUGUGAAAAGCAAUACAGUUUACGAGGCAGACAAUAAGAACUCUGAAGCAACGAGCAGCAAGGUUGUUCGAAGAAAGCGACGACGAACAAUGUGGGAGGGUGAAAGCUGUGUUGUCUGCGGGGAUCGCGCAAGUGGGUAUCAUUAUAACGUUCUCAGUUGUGAAGGAUGCAAAGGUUUUUACCGAAGAGUUGUCACCGAAGAAAACAAAAUCUUGAUUUGCAAGUUUGGUGGCAAAUGCAAAAUGGAUCUUUACUGGCGGAGAAAAUGCGGUGCUUGUCGUUUGAAAAAGUGUCAACUUGUUGGAAUGAGACCGGAGUAUGUAUCGAAUCGAGAGGCCAAGAAACGCGAAAAGCCACGAGGAAAAACUACUGAAGUAAAGAAACCUCUCCCGAAGAAGCAAUUGUCAGAAGAACAACGGAAUGAGGCUUCGCGGAUAGCGGAACUGGUAACGGAGGAAUACCGAGUCUUGUGCGAGGCAACAAAUGCUAAAACACUAGAAAAGUUGGAAUCUAUCGCAGACAUCGGUACAAGACAUGUUCAGAGUCUUGUUGCAUUUUGCAAGAAACUUCCAGGAUUCGACAGUUUGCCGCAAGCCGACCAAGUCGCCCUAAUAAAAGCUAGUACAGUCGACGCUAGUUUCUUAAGAUCCGCGUUCAGCUUCGCCAUGAAUCCUGAAAAACAAAUGAAACAAACGAACAAAAUAAUCGCGUCAUUGAAAAAUGAGGCGAUUGAUCUUCCUGUUAGACGGUUCUACGAUCGCUUCGCGGCGAUGAAGCCGUCUAUGACGAUGAUUGGACUUUUAGUUGCUAUGGCAGUAUUCUCAGCCGAUCGUGCAGAAGGAAUAACAGAGCCGCAGUUAGUUGAGGAGGCACAAGUUAAUCUAGUGAAGGCUCUACAGUUUGUAUGCAUCCGAGAAGAUCAACCAAAGCUCUUUCCCAAGCUCGUACUAAAGUUGACGGACUUGAGAUAUUUAAAUCACGCAUUCAGUAAUCUUUUAAAACACGAAUCAAACUCUCAUUUGAUGAAUCCGCUCCUUCGCGAACUUUGGGACCUUGAAUAA